AUGAGUCCACAACCUCCGGACAGGGCCCCUUUCACCGAAGACCCUGCGAAGGAGCGUCUGACUGAAUAUGUGGAAUUCAUCACGACGAGUUAUAGCCCCUCGUUUUGUGAGCACAAGGUGAAGGACGGCGAGAUGCGUAUCAUAGGGGACAAGGGUGACAUGAUUUGCCUGAACUCUGAGAAGAAGGAGAAAGGCGAAGGCUCCAUCUAUCAGAAGGACUUGUUCACGUUUUUCUAUCGCCACCUUGGGAGGGAACAGCCGGAGUCGAAACAGAAACAGGAAGAUGCGCCAAGUCACGGGCAAGAGGGCCUAGAGGAUCCAAAGAAGCAAUGGAAUCGGAGAGGGUAUUGGUUGAUCGAGGUAGCAGAUGGGCCUCCGGAGACAAGCCCUCCGUUGCCAGUCUUCCAGUUCGCAACUUGUUGUCUUGAGGUCUACCCGGCGGAAAAGGGUGUCAUCAAGCUGGGGACUGACGACGUCGCGCACAUUUUGAGGUCAUGCACCGAGUCCAAAGGAGGCUGGAUGAUGAUAGCAGUGGGAAAGAAGAUGAUGCCGAAGCUAAGCGGGCUGGCAGCAUCUCAGGCCGACGACAGAAACCAAGUGCGAUUUCGAUGGUGCUUGCGCGGGCCUACGAUCCUUGACGAUGGAGAUGAGAGUGGUGGGAUGUUCAGAAAGGAAAACCUGAAGUCACUUUUCCGUAAAGGAGAUUCCAGCAAUUGA